AACGGUCGUCUCGUCGGGUCCCUUCUAGAGCGCAGUCUCGUUUUAUUCAAAUACAACAGGGUCGAUUUUUCGUUUACCUAACCAGUGUGAGAAAAAAACAAACCCAAAUGCAAAUCAUACUUAGGAAGGAGCACAGUGACAGUCCGACUGUCAUGAUUGAUGCGAGUCACGGUCGCUGGAUUGAAAUUGAAUAUCUGACGUUCGGCCGCUAGUUUUUGUAGAAGCGACAGAGCAGGUACAAGUUCUUUCUUGUUAAAUAUAACAUUGUUGUGCGGCAAGCUACAGCAGUACCAGUAUGGUCCCCGCAGCCGACGCCGGCGCUGGACCACGAUCAUCCCACCUGGAAGCAGGUCUACUUGAUACUUCGAGGGCCGGCGCCGGUGGAGAUUAUGUUGAACACCAACACGUUGAGAGUAGUUCUUCAUCAACAGCGGUCAUUUCCUCGCCUGCGUUGUUGAAGAGUCGUGCUGGUGGUGUAGGAACUGGUGUUAAUACAACGACUAGCUCCACCUUCCCCUCGCGAAGCCCCUGCGACCGCUGCAGUACAACCUCUUCUUCGUCAUCCUCUUCAACACCUUCUUCAAGCAGAAGAAAUACAACUACAACUAUGUCGAUGAAGAGAAGAAUUACUACGACGAAAGAACCCCGCACUGCGACACGGAUGGGCGGAAGUACGCCGGAAUGCUGGACACGAACGGCGAGCCGGCGACGGGCUACAAUUUUGGCGUGAUUACGUACCCGGGUGAUGGGCGAGUGUUCACCGGGAAGGUGGACAAGGACGGCAGGCCGGCGGCUGGCCCAGGCAAGAUGACCUGGCCCGAAAACAAGGAUGCGCACGGGAGGAAAGAGUACAAGGGAAAUUUCAGCGACGGCGAAAUUGCCGGCGACGGCAAGAUGGUGUGGUGGGAUGGGUUGGAGUUUGACGGGAACUUCGAGGACGGCAAGCCGCACGGCAAGGGGACGAUGAGCAUGCGGGAUCCGAAAAAUGGGGAGCGGAAGCAGCAGGGGAACGACUGGAAGUAUGAAACGACAGGCAGUUACGUAGGCCACCAGAAUGGAGAAAAGAAGUAUGGCCCCGGCUUACACAAGGGGAACGGUGGCAGUGUCACAAAGUUGUCGUACCCCGGCUUACACAAGUGGUCGUACCAGGGACAGUUCUGGGACGACAAGGCGGACGGCGAGGGCGAGUGCCGCUGGGCGAAUGACCAGGGCCAGUUGAUCGCCUCGUACAAGGGACAGUGGAAGGACGGCAAGUUUGACGGCCAGGGCAAGCACGAACUUUUGGAUGGCACCAAGUACGAGGGGCAGUGGAAGGACGACAAGUAUCACGGCCUGGGCGAACUCAUAUGGCCCCCCCACAACGCGGAAAACUUAGACAAGUAUAAUGGACAGUGGGCGAAUGGCGACAUCAGCGGCAUGGCGGGCACGCUCACGUGUAGGGAUACGACCGAGCACACGGGAGAAUGGCGUUACACACGAAGCGUGGCAAGUUUUGGCAAGUUCCGUUUGGGAUUGCAUGAUGGCACUCGUUUCGUUGGAUACCUCGACUCGCUCUGCAAGAAGCCCGCUUCUUCGCAGUGAGUCUUGCGCAGCAAGACUGUCCUCAAACUCGAAGGCAAGCAGAUGAUCCGACGAGAAGGCCAGUGCGCCAGCACUUGAUGCGCGUUGCCGAUGAACAGCGGGGACCGACGCCGCCUCAGCCUGUUCAGUCAUCUCAGAGUGGUGUCCACCUGUUUCUCUUGCGAAGAAAAAUAGAAAAAGGUUGUUUGGAUCAACAGCAGCGUCACAAACCCAUGCUGUAUAAAAAAGGUUCUUACAUAGGAAAGCUGUAGGCAUUCGCAGCUAGUAGUAGUACCAGAAAGCAUAUGCGGAGAGAUUGUUCUCAUUAUAAUCAAGAUCUGCUUUUCCAUUUUUUUUUUCUACAUCAAAAUCAAUGUUUAAGAUUUUACUUUUUUUUUUCCCUGUUUUUUUGAGCUUCGACACCAACAAGAAAACGCGCGUUUUUUAGCCAGCAAGGUCUGGUGGCAAACUGUUGAAAAACACAUUUCCAGCCACUUGCCCGCAGGAACUCAAUUAGCACGCACAACAGUCACUCGCUCGUCUAAAGAAGCGGGCACACGAGAAUUGCUUUUCUUUUUUGGGUAUUGUAGUGCUACAUCAACACUUACACUUCGGCAGAAUUAUCGUCAGUGCAGCAUGGACUUCCUUGGAAGAAGAAGCUAAGACGACGACGAGGACGUGUUCUUUCCUUUGCCAACAGUUGUGCGAGAGAAGUGUUCUUUCCUUUGCACGCACGUACAGCAGAACGGCAACGAAACUGGAUGUCUGCGUCUUAUAUAAGUAUGUCAUAAGAUGCAGACUGAGUAAAUCUUGUUUUAUGAAGAAUACACAAGACGGAAAAAUAAAAUCAAACUCCAUCUCGUCAGGUUCCAUCAACACGAUGGGGCCCAAGUACUAAUUCUAAUCGUUUAUUCGAUAUCUUCGUGUUGUGGGGUCCAACUUAUCGUGUGUGUCGUAGCUGCUUCUACUGAAAUAGCAGUAGGUUGCAGCUGAGAGAGCAGCAGCAACAUGAUGUAGUCCCAGUACAUUCAUCCCAUUUCGAGUUGCACCAGGGGACCGACCAGGUAGAUCUUCGUGUCGUCGUGAGAGAAACGGAAAAACGCUCGUCUCGGGUCUCCUGUAGACGAGCGCAGUUGUCUCGUUAUUGCAGUAUUCGGGCUUAGACAGAAACCUUCCAAUUCUAAUCUGUGAUGCAGGAAGUGCAUGAUCUACCGUAUCCGUAGUCCCAUACGUUUGCGCAUGACAAGAUUCGGCACCCAAAACCUCAUUGAUAUCCGGCGAAAUUUGUAUUGUAUUGCGAAAAGCGCAACUCUACGUACGUUCCUCAUGCUCUUCAUGCAAGGGACCGACUCAGUAGAUCUUCGUGUCGUCGUGAGAGAAUAAACCAACGGAAAAACAAGAACGGUCGUCUCGUCGGGUCCCUUCUAGAGCGCAGUCUCGUUUUAUUCAAGUACAACAGGGUCGAUUUUUCGUUUACCUAACCAGUGUGAGAAACAAACAAAUGAACCUAAAUCAUACUUAGGAAGGAGCACAGUGACAGUCCGACUGUCAUGAUUGAUGCGAGUCACGGUCGCUGGAUUGAAAUUGAAUAUCUGACGUUCGGCCGCUAGUUUUUGUAGAAGCGGCAGAGCAAGUUCUUCGGAGAAUUCAAUACAUUAUACCAUUGUUGCGCAAGAAGCUGCUACAGGAGCAGUAAAAUGUGCCUCGAAGCAGGCGACGCCGGCGCUGGACCACGAUCAUUCCUGGGAGGUCUAUUUAUCACUUCGCGACCCGGUGGACGUGGAGAUCAUGAUGUUGAACACGUUGAGAGUAGUUCUUCAUCAACAACGGUCAUUUCCUCGCCUGUGUUGUUGAGUCGUGCUGGUGGUGUAGGAACUGGUGUUAAUACAACGACUAGCUUCAUCCGCCCCUCGCGAAGGCCCUACGACCGCUGUAGGAGCUCUUGUUCUUCGUCAUCCUCUUCAACACCUUCUUCAAGCAGAAAAAGUACAACUACAACUAUGUCGAUGAGGAACAGACGAAUUACUACGACGAAAGAACCCCGCACUGCGACAGAAGCAGAACAAUUCCUACCGGUGUCAACUCCUACGUCCAGUACCAAAAAGCUGCGAGGAGCAGGAUUUAAUAUGUUCACGUGCGGCACCAGAAGCAGGAAGUCGAGGUCCUCGUCGUGUAGUUCCACAAUUUUUACUACUCGCACCCUCGCGGCAGUCCUCCUCGAAAUCCUUUUCUACUCUUCGCGAAGUUGUACUUUGUUCAGUCCUGUGGCAGCUCGGAUAGUGGUCGAUGAGAGGGCCGCGGCGAGCGAUCGUCCAAUCAUGAUACCAUUGGAGGAUGAUAAAGCUGAAGAACCAGAUCAUGAUGACUCGUCGAAAGUAGAAGCUGGCAAAAAUAUCAACAUCGACGAUGUGGAUCCAAGCAGCUAUGUCAGCGCCGAGCUGUACUACUCCGACUACAGCGACGAACAAGAAGUACAACACGAGGGUGUCGUCGUGUCGGUGGAAGAUGCACCAGGAGCUCCUUCGGACAACCACGACCUGCUCGACGUGAACAAACUACACUACCAGCUGCAGGGGGGCAUGAUCAAACCAGCUGCCAAACAACAAAAGCAGUCCACCUCGUCGCAGCAGGACCAGAUCAAGAAGGUGAAAACAACUGAUACUGCCUAUCAAAAGGAAAAAUCCCCCCUCCCCAUAUUGAAAACCUAUGUUUCCGAAAAUUUGUGUUGCUGAUUUGAGGUCACAAAUCAAAUGCGUCUUGCAAGACGACAUCAAGGGCAGAAGCUUCCGCCCCAUUAGGGAAGCGAUUUGUCAUGCUGGUGGGCUUAAAGGGGAGCCGUUUACCAUGCUGAACAACUAGAACCAUACGCCCCUACCUAGGCUGGGGAUCUGGCCGCAAUGCCUUCCUGCAAUACAAAGGCGAUUUGUGUACACAAAUCCAGCAUCAGAAAUUUCGUUUUGAUAUGGGGAGGGGGGAUUUUUCCUCUCAAUACUACCUCUCGUCCUUCAUCCUCAUCCUCGUCCGCAAUCGAGAUCGAGAAGACCGCAAGAACUACGCCGACCAAAAAUCGCAAAGACCUACAGUUUGCUGAAAAUUUCGCGGUCGAGCCAAGUGGGGAAAUGGUAAAAAUCGACAAGGACGCAGGAAUGACACCUCCAGGUGCUGAAGAGGCAGUGGUGGAGAAAGAUGUAGUUGACGAUGAUUUUUAUCCGGAACUGGACUUUGAUCAAGACACGACGAUGUUGCAAGUCGCCACGAAAGAACUACUAACGCGCGUGGAGGAGCGCCAGCAUCGUGCAGCAGCACCACCAGUAGCAGUUCCGGAUCCGGCGGCAGUUGCGACCUAUCGCAACGAUAACGAUCCGCAACAGCAACAGCAAGUACCAUCUGCUCUGAGCAAUCGGCAACAGCUAACAGCACGCAGCCAGCUCGCGGACGAUGUUGUUGAUGAACAAGGGCCGUCGACAAGGCAGCCAGCAGCUCCCGAACAAACAGGAGCUGCACCGGGCGACAGCCAGGAAAAAGUUCCUGCAGUGGCGCUAUCCAAUGGUAAUGCAAAAGUAAAUCGUGCGAGUAGAUAUUAUCGCAUGACAAAUUUUUCCCACAGCAUGUUGAGAAAGGGAAUUACUAUCUAUUAUAUUCAUGCGAAAAAAGAGGUCUACAGAGGGUCGAAGGGAGGUGGCCGAGAGGUCAAAAAGAGGUCGACAGAGGUCAAAAAGAGGUCGACAGAGGUGGAGAGGUGGCGCGGGAGGUCAUUCGAGAGGGCGGCCGAGAGGUGGCGCGGGUAUAGCCCGCCGAAGGGCUCGCCCUAAAGCCGCGCCUAUGGGGGACGGAGGUGGCCGAGAGGGUCCCGAGAGGGUAAGCGAGAGGGGGACAGAGGUGCCGAGAGGUUGCGCGAAUAAGGGCGAACCUCUCGCGAACCCUCCUGGCCACCUCUCGGCCACCUCUGUGGACCUCUAUCGGUGAGUAUAGCCGAACUAUUAGCAACACCUCGCGGGAGAGGUCAAAAAGAGGGUCUGCGAGAGGGUCAGAACAACCCGAAUCCCCCCGGCACGCAGUCGAUUUUCCUUGGGCCUUUCAUGGCCUUAGGCCCGCACCCUUUCGCGCUACCCUCUCGCGCUACCCUCUCGCGCCACCCUCUCGCGCCACCCUCUCGCGCCACCCUCUCGCGCUACCCUCUCGCGCUAGCGACUUCCGCCGGGAAGCAAAUAGAACGGGGGCGGGUGGGUGAUGAAAAAAGGCCAGCGCGGCUUCCGUUCUGCCUCUUUCGGCAUCUAUGUCGAGGCGGCUUCGUUUCGCCCCCAAGCUUCGCUGCAGCUGCUCCCUGCGCAUAGCGCCUGAAGGCGCGGGAAGCGCGCAGGAGGCCCAGCGGGUUGAGAUGGCGCAACCCGGCGCCAGUAUUUCAUUCGACCUAUCUUCACGCUGUGCGCAAAGCUGUGGCGCCGUGGCCCGAUCCGCAGAUAGUCCUGCCCCGCCACAACAGCCACUCGCCCCGGCGUCAGCCGGGGCAUGGCUGGUAAUAUGUAAUGCGGAUUUACGUUUAAGAAAGUGAUUUGUAAUGCAUGACUGCGAUAAUUGGUACGAGUGCAACUAACUUUUGCGACUUGCGAUCCAUAGGCGCAGGAGGACGACAACUCCAACCUCUCUUUGAGGGAGUGUACGAGAGAACUCUCAAACGUUAUAUUGAUUCGGUGCAAUUAUACAUGAUUUAUUUGUCAUGGAAAUACGCCAUCACGACGACCCUUCACGUCGCAAUAAGAUACUUCGCAUGACAAGUUCUGUUCCUUGCGCUAUUUAUCACAUAGGCGGGAAUAUUAACAAAUGAAUUCUUGUUGGCAAAUGAAAAUGUGUAUUAAUGCUUGACACACAAGCUCUUCGUCUUCCUCUUCCCUUUCACUUUUGCUAGAAUUCUGGCAUAACAAGUUCAUGUAUAACGCCGAACCCAAUCAAUGUAACGUUUGAGAGUCUGUCGUCCCAUACAGUGGCUUUUUAAUACGUCGACACGGGAAAAAAUGGGGGCCGUCAGAAGGAACCUGGGAUUUGGUAAAUUUGAUAUUUUUUUUAAGUGGCUUGAUGCACAGCACCAAUUAUCAAGGAACAAGGAACACUCUGUAGCAUGUCGCUAUUCGUCAUCGCAUAGCAAGAUCAUAAUAUACAAAACAACCAAAACAUCAACAAACAUAAACAAUAAGCUCCCCGUGCCGCUCCCGCGGAGCAGGAAAACGCAACCUCAAACGCGCAACCACCUGCACAACAACCAGCAAGGACCACGACAGGUGCGCCGCAAAGUAGAAUUGCACCGGAACAAGAUUCAGCCAUGCAAAGUGCUACAGCAGGAGACGUAAAUAACUAUGGCGGUUCCGUGCAAGCAACACCGGCGCGGCCUGCUGACCAGGCACUUGUUCCAGCUCCUGAGCAAACCCAAACCACCGCGGGACGUGCACCAGCACUGUUGACACCAGGAGGUGCUCCACCACCAGCAUUGGGAGGAGAGAAGGACCAGAAACCUACUACGUCGCAACGAGUAGACGACGAGGACUCGGCGGAUGGAGAAGAUGACGGGGGAGCUAUUCUGAGUAAAAACUUCCCCACCACAGAGUUGUCAUGCAAUUCUGCAUGCCAAAAAAGCUUCUCAUGCGGAGCCCUAUGAGAAGCAUUUUCUAUUCGUGUUUUGGAAUUUGUGAUGCUAGAAACUGCAUGCUAUGCUAGGUCUGUGAUGCUUGUGAACUGGCUAAACAGCAUCACACUACGAGGACAAACUUGUCAUGCCAGACAACCAAGGCUGGCUGAUUUGUCUAGCAGAUUUCCCAUCUUGACUCUGGUGUAGGGACGUUUUUAAUUAGGAUAGGAGCUGACGAGGAGGCCGACGACGACGAGGACGAGGAGGGCAAGCAGGAGGACGAAGGUGAUGAUGGUGGUGAGCAGGGCGAGGACGGCGAGUUGGACGCGAAUGAGGAGGAGGGGAAACCUGCCACGGCAAAAGGACCAACAGCAGCCAAGAAGAAGAAGGGCGAUGCCGAGUCUGGUGGUGA